AUGGUGUGGAUCAAGCAAUGCACUGAGCUUACGACCACCACCCGUAACGCCAAGCUGCACUCGCUUGGAGGACAAGGCGCCAAGUGUAUCAUACCCUUGCAACACGACCUCCUCACGUUCAUGAAAGACGUACGCCGCGAUGAGCACAUCUUGAUGUCGAUGCACAUGAUCACCUUCACGAAGAUGCACUACAAGCCAUGGCUCAAUGCGUACAUGGAGGGGAAGCCGGAGCCCUACAAGUCCAUACUGCGGUUGUGUCAGGCGUUCGCGAUCUACGAAACCAUGAACCAGUCGGCAUAA